AUGCCUGGGAGGGUUAUGCCAACGUUUACCUCGGCCGAAGUCCAAUCUCACAACAAUUCCAAGUCGUGCUACGUUACUUUGGGCCCCAAUGUUUACGAUGUCACCGACUUCGUCGAUGCGCACCCCGGCGGUGGUGAUCUGAUCUUGGAGUAUGCCGGUCAGGAUGUGACGGAAAUUUUGAAAGACGAGAUCUCCCACGCACACACCGAUGCUGCCUAUGAAAUUUUGGACGAGUACCGCGUUGGUCUCGUCUCAGAUGUCUCUACACCCACCAAAACCACCACAACCAAGACAACCAUCAUCGAAACGGUCACCGAAACCGAGUCAGGUCCCGUAUUUGCAACCACCGGGAUGUCGUGUGAGGAGGAUCUGUCGAUCGACACCGAUCCUAGCCAGGAUUUCAAGACCCACAAGUUCUUGGACUUGAACAAGCCGCUUUUGAUGCAGCUUUGGCGCAGCAACUUCACCAAGGAGUUCUACCUCGAGCAGAUCCAUCGGCCUCGUCACUAUCGGGGUGGAGAGUCCGCUCCGCUGUUCGGCAAUUUCCUCGAGCCUCUCAGCAAAACGGCGUGGUACGUGGUGCCAUGUGUCUGGUUGCCACCUGUCACCUAUGGAAUCAUACUCGGAGCUAGCGGGCUCGGAAGCCCAGCUGCCGCUGCCUCUUAUUUCUUCGGUGGUGUGGCUCUCUGGACUCUGAUCGAAUAUUUGAUGCACCGAUUCCUUUUCCACAUUGAUCACUGGCUUCCGGAUAACCGUGUCGGCCUGACACUCCAUUUCCUGCUUCACGGUAUCCACCACUACCUUCCGAUGGACAAAUAUCGUCUUGUCAUGCCACCAACAUUGUUUGUCGUUCUAGCUACCCCCUUCUGGAAGCUGGCCCAAUCAGUCUUCUAUUACAACUGGUAUGCGGCUCUGUCGGUGUACUGUGGUGGCGUCUUUGGUUACAUUUGCUAUGAUCUCACCCAUUAUUUCCUGCACCACCGCAGUCUCCCUUCGUACUACCAGGCACUCAAGAAGUACCACCUCCAGCACCAUUUCGCUGAUUUCGAGAAUGGAUUCGGAGUGACCAGUUCAUUCUGGGAUCGUGUGUUUGGCACCACAUUGGCGAUCCCCGCCCCGAAGGGCACAAAGGCUCAGUAA